AUGCCGCAAGUUUCUAAUACUACUAGGUUAGACGCACUAAUCGAACAAGCCACUAGUGAAAAUAUACCUAAUGGUGACAUAGACUUAGCCACAAGUUUUGAAGUAUCUGAUGUCAUAAGAUCCAGGGCUAUUCAACCAAAAGAUUGUAUGAGAUGCCUAAAGAAAAGAAUCACAUCUACUAAAAACAACCCAAAUGUACAGUUGUCCACUUGGCGAUUAGUAGACAUUUGUUUGAAAAAUGGUGGGCUACCUUUUAUUAGAGAAAUUUGUUCUAGAGAAUUUAUGGAAUGUUUUGAAUCCGUUAUUAUUGGCAGUUCCAAAGAGUACGGCGGUGACUCUUACGAUCCAGAUUUAUUUAAAUUGUGUUGCCAGCUAUUAUUUGACUUAACAAACUUAAGCAAUAUUGAUGGAAACGAUGCCACCAGAACCUACAACAAAUUAACACGAGAAAGAAAUAUUAAAUUUGACACUGAAAAAAGCAACAUGAUGGAUUACUCUGUUAUUUCCAAUAACUUUUUUGACUCUAAAACACCUGCUGAUUGGAUCGAUUCUGAUGCUUGUAUGAUUUGUUCCGAUACAUUUAAUAUAUUCAAUAGAAAACAUCACUGCAGAUCUUGUGGUGGAAUUUUUUGCAAUAAAGAUUCAGCCCAUUUUAUUCCGUUACCUGACUUGGGUAUUAUGGAUGAAGUACGUGUCUGUGAUAAUUGCUACGAUGACUAUUCCUUUAAAAAGCAAAAAUACUCCAACACAAAGAAAAAGCACCGUAACAAUCAUCAUAAUAAGAUUAAGACUAAUGAGGAACCAAACUUUGAUGACGAUUUGCAAAAAGCUAUAGCUUUAUCUUUGCAAGAAUCUGGCCAGGGUAAAGAAGAAAAAAUAGAAAAAGAACAGCAGCAACAACGGGAACUAUCUGAAGAGGAAGAUCCUGAUUUGAAAGCAGCUAUUGAAGCUAGUUUAAAAGAGGCGGAAAAACAAGGGCAUAUAAAAAAAGAAACGCCGGAGCCUAUUAUUCCGCCAAAUACGGGUGAAUUAAGCACUAGUGAAGAAGAAGAUAUUUAUCUAUUUGCUUCGUUGGUAGAAAAAUUAAAAGGCCAACCGGUAACUGCUGUUUUACAAGAUAAUAACUUGGCCCAACUUUAUCAAAAUAUUAUUGCCUUGAAGGGUAAAUUAAAUUCUCAAGUUGCUGAGACAGCUUAUAAAUACAAUACUUUUAUAGAUAUGAAUGCCAAGUUGUCUGACAUCACCAAUAUUUAUGAUUCUAUUUUGGAGAGACAAUUACAAUCAAUUAACUUGAGCCAACAGAACAAGUAUAAUAGUGGCGUUGGUACAGCUCCUGUCAUGCCAACUGACCCAUAUAUGUAUUAUACUCAGACACAACAAUCGCAAUAUACUUCUCCGAUACCACAGCCACAAUAUUCUUCUCCAGUGCAACCUCCACAAUAUACUUCUCCAGUAACACAGCUACAAUAUACUUCUGCGGUGCAACAGCCACAACACACUUCUCCAGUAGCACAACCACAAUACACUUCUCCGGUAGCACAGCCACAACACACUUCUCCAGUAGCACAGCCACAACACACUUCUCCAGUAGCACAGCCACAACACAUUUCCCCAGUACCACAGCCACAAUACACUUCCCCAGUAGCACAGCCACAAUACACUUCCCCAGUAGCACAGCCACAAUACACUUCCCCAGUAGCACAGCCACAAUACACCAAACCUUCGCCAGUAGCACAGCCACAAUACACCAAGACUUCCCCAGUACAACAGUCAGAACACCCUUCCCCUGUAUUACAAGCACCACAAUAUCAAUCCCAGCCCCCACAAAGUUUACCUCAAUAUGUCCCUGCGCAAAAUGAAUUACAAAGUAUAGUUUUCACACCAAGUGAAGCACCAUACCCUGAACAAAAUGACGAAGUUAUUCCUACGAAAAUGAAUAAUUUGGAAAACAAUGCUGUUGAAGAAACUGGCCAAUCUUUUAAAAGCGAAACUGUCGUACCUUAUCCUAUCAAAAAUGAUGAAAAGGAAAUGAAAGAAAUUAUUAAUGAUGGCUACGCAAAUGUGGCUGGAAAUGAAGCCCCUUAUCCGGUUCCUAUUACAAAAGUAAAAUUUCCAACCGUUCCUGUUUCCAAACCUUCCCAAGUGAGUGCCGGCCCAAAAAAAGAGGAAGAGGAUAAGGAAAGUCAAAUCCAACCUGCACAGGAAGAAAUGUUGAUAGAAUUGUAG